AUGCGUAGACAGAAUUAUUACUACAAACAUGCGUACACACAGUCAAUACAACAAAUAUGUAGAACAGAAAAGGUUAUUUCGCCAGAUGGAAUAACAACAUUCAAUUCCAUGUGCUUUGAUCGAGAUCAAUGUAACCCGCUAUCAAUCGGUUUGGGUAAAAGACAGAAUAUAGUCGGUUUGAGAAAAAGACAGAAUUCAGCGACCACAUGUCGCCAUUGUUGUGAUACGUCUUUCUGCAAUAAAGAUUUAUGUGAUGUGCCAAAACAAGAACAUGGAAUCCGUUGCUUGAGCUGUAAUGAUGUUCUCAAACCUUCAGACUGUAAAAAAGUGGAGAUUUGUUCACAAGAUUCUCAAUGCUACACACAAGCCUUUAGAUUUAAUGCUGAAACUCGAUAUAGAUUAGGGUGUGCACCAAAGAAUUAUUGUGCUUCAAACACUACACCUAAUGGAACUGUUACCACUUCGACACCAGGCAAUACACCUUUACCUGUUGUAGGCAAACGACAGCAGUCAUUUAAAGAUAUUUUUGGAACGCCUUGUGCAAUGGGUUGUCUAACUGAAUACUGUAACAAGGAGCUUUGUGAAAAUGGUACUAAUUCCACUGGUUGCCAACUACUAAAAACACCCUCCUCUGACAUUUGUAAAGAUAUUGAUACAUAUGGCUGCAUAUUAGUUAUUUCUGUCGCUUUGAAAAAUGGUGAAAGCGCAUGUGCUAUGCCUGAUAUUAGGAACUAUUUCUGUCCUGAAACAUGCGGAGUAUGCCAAAGCCCAGUGAUAACACAAGCACCAAUAGUAAUAUCAACAAGUCCUCCACAUCAGAAUACCAAUACUGCUCCAGCCACUGUUACAUCACCCGUUAACUCUGGUAUACCAAAUACAACUAUUAUGCCAGUAGUAUCGACGCAAACUAAUAUACCUGGUGCUUGUGGGAAAGAUCUUUACUCAGAGGACACAUGUCAUAAGGUUGACUGUGAAAUACAGAUGUGCAGCGAUUCGCUACUUAAAGGUCUCUGUCCCCACUAUUGUAAUAGAGAAUGCGGACAUAGGGACUGCUUUGAUAUUCCAGGAUAUAUUUCGAAUUAAAGCAACAUGUGUACCUU